GCCAUUCAGCUGGUCAUCAAAGAGGGUGGCAUUGAAAAGGAGUCGGACUACCCAUACCACGCCCGUAUGGCCACCUGCCAGUUCACCAAGAGCAAAAAGGCCGUAUCGGUGACCGGCGUUCACACCAUGCAGACCGGUCAGGAGGCUGCCCUCCAGAACGCCGUGGGAAGUGUGGGACCGGUAGCCAUUGCCAUCGAUGCCGGACACCAGAGCUUCCAGCACUACAAGUCGGGUGUGUAUGUGGAGCCCCAAUGUAGCUCAACCAAACUCGACCACGGAGUGUCCGCUGUGGGCUAUGGCUCAGAGGGUGGACAGGACUACUGGCUGGUUAAGAAUUCUUGGGGCACCACCUUUGGAAUCCAGGGUUACAUCAAAAUGGCCCGAAACCAUAACAACCAGUGCGGUGUUGCCACUUAUGCUGUCUACCCGACCGGUGUUCACUAA